AUGUUAGGGUCGGGCUUUUUAGGGCUGGGCCUCGUGCCGCCCAACGGGCCUGGCCCGUGCGGCCAUCUCCAGUCGAGACAAAAACCCACCGAGCCGAGAGAGAAAAACCCCCAAAUCACAUCCUCCACCCAAUUCGAAACCUCUCCUCCUGCGCCCCCUUCAAUUCCUAAUCCCCUCCGCCCGAUUGCCGCCCUCGCCGCCGCGUUCGCGUCCCCUCCUUCGCCCUCGCCGCCCGCAAUGCAGCCUCCGUCCGAUCUCUCCCCGCCCCCACCUUCCUCUCCGCCCGCCGAUACCCCCGCCUCCGCGGCCGCCCCAACCCCAAGCCUCCCCGACACCCCGGCCUCCUUAGAUCCCGACACCCCCUUCUCCGACGCGGCCCCCAUCGACGCCUCGGACGCCGACACCCCGGCCCUCGCGCCAACACCCGACGGCGCCCUCGCCUCCGCCUCGGACGCCCCCGGCGACGGCGAGGACGACGGGAUCAACAACCCCUCCGGCGGCUCCAGGAAGCACAUGACCCUCGUGCCGCCGGCGCCGCCCAGCAAGAAGUCGAAGAAGAAGGGCGGCAACAGCGUCUGGACCCGGCCGGCCUCCCGCAAGGGCAAGAAGAAGGCCAGGCAGCCGGGCGGCCACGGCCCCGGCGGCGGCGCCACCGGCGCCCACACCGGGCCCAACGCCGGCGGGGACGAGCUGGCACAGCUCGUCCCCGCGACCCGCCUCGCCGCCGAGCGCAACGACGACGCGGCCUCCCAGCCCGUGCUCCUCUCCCGCUUCUUCAAGUCCGAGAGGAUCGAGGUCUCCGACGACCGCCUCACCGCUGCCAGCACCAAGGGCUACCGCAUGGUGCGCGCCACCCGCGGCGUCGCGGCCGGCGCGUGGUACUUUGAGGUCAAUGUCGUGCAUCUCGGCGCCACUGGCCACACGCGUCUCGGAUGGGUGACCAACAAGGCGGACCUUCAGACGCCGGUUGGGUAUGACGCCUAUGGGUUUGGGUACCGCGACAUCGAUGGCGCCAAGGUGCAUAAGGCUUGGAGGGACAAGUACGCUGAUGAAGGGUACGGGGAGGGAGAUGUCCUCGGGUUCUACAUUUCGCUGCCUGAUGGGGAGCGGUACGAACCUAAGCAACGUGACCUGGUUGAGUACAAGGGAAUGCCUUUUCAUGUGCAAGUCCCUAAGGAGGAGCAGAAGAUAGCAGAUCCUGUUCCUGGGAGUGAGAUAUGCUACUUCAAGAACGGGGUAUGCCAAGACAGUGCCUUCAAGGACAUUCCUGGAGGGAGGUAUUACCCAGCUGCGUCAAUGUAUACGCUACCUAAUGAGCCAAACUGUGUAGUCAAAUUCAACUUUGGGCCAGACUUCGAGUUCUACCCACAAGAUUUUGGUGACCUGCCAACCCCUCAACCAAUGAGCGAGGUGCCUUAUCAGGCAGUUGAGGUGAAGAAAGAGGGGCCUGUUGAAAAUGGUAUUGCUGAGAAAACUAGCUAACAUGCUGUCGAAUACCCCUGUGUAAACACCAAACAGACAGGCCCAUGGCUCAUGGUGAAGUUGGCCGCUGGGGUCACAUCUGACUAGAUUGUAUGCAUAUGUUGUCACCAAACGGGUUCGAUAUUUCCUGACCCUGGCCGGGUGAUGAAGUUAUUGUGUGCUGCCAUACGGUAGUGAACCGGUGAUGGUAUGUAAGAGCAAACAGAGGGUUUUAUCUGUCACUUGGCAUGCUUAGUAGUAAUGCAGAUUGCAGAGGGUGUUCUGGUGGAGCGGCAGGUGAAACCUCAUGGCUUUUGCUAGGAGUUUCGCUGCUCAGGAUGGAUUUGUAUGGCCAGAAAAGUCUCUGCAUGUAAAUAUGGCUAAUUUAUAUUCAUUUUCUUUUUUUCAUCCCAGUGAUUUAAGCCAUCCAAAUGGCCUUUGCUAGCAUCUCUGCAACUGU